AUAGUGAUUGUGCUUUAGUGGGAUACGGACUCGUAUGCUCAAGCGUUCAACCAACGAUAGGAUCUUGCAUUUAUGCGUGCCAUGAUGACUAUAAUUUUUGUGCACCGGGCCAGAAGUGCGAUCAUAUAUCUCCGCAUUGGUUAUGUACCUGUAACGGUCCGGCCGAUUGUCCAGAUGGAAAAUGCUUUGGUGGACAUUGUAUUUAUUCCUGUAAAAAUGAUAUAAAAUGCACUCUAUGCAAUAAUGAAAUAGCACGCUCGGCUUAUCUAACUGCUUGUGAAGCAUUUCUUAAAGGUGUGGUGGGAGGUGGAUCAAUGAUUCAGAUGUUCUUGGCUUGCAUUAGGGCAACAUUUCCAAUAGUUAUCGAAACUGAAGGUAUAUCUGGGGUUAUUUGUGGAUUUUUAGCCUGGUAUAUAAAUGAUAUCGUGACUAAAGGUCUACAACCAACGUGUGAAAGCGCUUUGUCAGAAUUUUGUAGCACAUAG